AUUGGUGGCCGGCGUUACAUGCCCUUCGCUCAGUAAAAGUUUCGCGAGUUCAAUGAACUCUCCCAUCUCUUCACGUGGUGGUUAGAUGAGUCACACCCCCUAGCGAGCAUGUAUAUCGGCCAAUUUCCCAACAAGAGAUGACCAUCAAUGACUUCUUUCCUCAUCAAUUGCACUGAUCACCUUUUUAGUUUCAUACCUUUUAUUGCCGGGUCCUUUGCAGUGAUGCUCGUGCUCACAUCUGUCAUUGAUCCCGAUUUGGUUUUGCACUUUGAGAUUACACCACAUAGGACUGUCUUAUUCUAUCUUGGUAUCUUUGGGGCCGUGCUUGCCGUUGCGAGAGGGAUGAUACCAGUGGAUAACAGGGUGUUUGAUCCUGAGCUGCUCAUGACAGAGGUCAUUCAAUAUACACAUUACAUGCCAGAUGAAUGGAAGGGGGAGCUACAUUCCAAGAAGGUUCACCAAGAACUUGGAGAGCUUUUUGCGAUGAAGAUACCCAUUUUCAUACAAGAGAUUGUCUCAGUCUUGACGACACCAUUCAUACUCUGGUUUUCAUUACCCUCAUGGUAUAUUUGCAGCUUUGCCAAGUUCGAUUUCAAGAGGCACGGCAAUGUCAAGUUGUUCAGAGCUCCCGCACAGAACCAAGAUGAGCGUAUGAUGUCUCGAGAGGGCAAGAUGGAAAAGACGAACCCCGACUGGAAUCCAUCUGAUCCCUCCGGCUCCCUGUAUCUCAGCCGCAUCGCCGACCUCAGUGCAUGGCGCAGACUUUCCACUUCGAAGACAGCAUUAGACAAUACCAUCCUACUAAACAACGGCAACAAGGACCCUGCAGAGUGUGCUCACGAAUACGACUGCGCUCUUCGGCAGAGUCAGCAUGCUGCCCUCCGGCGAAGACUCCAGCUAGGUGGGGGCGACAUCAUCGCAGGUGGAGGCGGUACCGCUUCUUUGACUAUAUGGCAGUCGGCCAUUGGCUCGAAUUCAGCUAUGGGUAUGGCACAGACCACGAUACUGGGCAACUCUCAGGGAAGUAUUGCGCCUCUGCCGCCGCCGAUACUGGAUGAGGACAGAGAUUUAGAUGGUGGUGUUGGCAGUGGACUGGGCGAUUCAUACAUUGAUGGGGACACUCAGGGCAAGAAGCCGUACGAGUCACAGGAGGAAGGUAUCAACGACGAAGAGGAGUUAGAGGAUGGUGGGGUGCUUGGGCUACUGGCGCAGAUAUAUGCUGCGAAGGGCCCUAAACAUGUCCCUGUCAUCUGAGGGCUGUGUACAUGAUUUCUAUUAAACCACAUUAAUGAUAUCUUGCACAUUUGUAAAUGCUCGCACAUAUGAUUUCUAUCCUGCGUUUUUGUAA